AUGUCAAGAGGGAGAUCAUUAUCACCUGGAGCUGCAGCAAAAGGAAACUUUUAUAAUAGUCGAUCACCUUCAAUAUCUAAUGAAGAAUAUAAUAAAAAUCUUAAAUGGUCAAUAGUAAAUCAUGAUCCACUGGAAAGAUUACUUAAAGAUGGAGAAAAACCAAAUGAUAAUGUAUGGGAGAAUGAAGUUAGUGAAGAAGAACAUAUAAGUGAUGAUGAUCCAAAUGAAAAAUUUCAAUAUGAUGAUACUGGUAAUAUAUUACCAAAUUAUGCUUGUCAAGAUGAAAAAAUAAAUGAAAUAAGUUCAAUAUUAGAAAAUUCAAAUUUAAAUGAUAGAUCAACUGUUAAAAAAUUAGAAGAAUUAACUGCAAAUGAAAGAGCUUUAGCUGCUGCAAGAAAUGCAGGAAAUAAAAUUGAUCCUGAUAUAUUAAAUAAAUUAGCAAGUGAUAAACAUAAAUUAACUGGACUGGAAGCUUUAAAUUUAAGAAUGUCUGAUCAAGAUGCUUAUACAAGAAGACAAAAAUUAGAAAAUUAUCAAGCAUAUAGACAAAAAAUUAUAGAUCAUGAAAAUGGUAGAGAUGGUCGAAAUAAUAAUAAUCAAUCAUCUAAUAAUAUACAAACACAAAAUCCUACUGAAGGGAAAGAAAAAGAAGGACCUGAAGAUGAAGAUUUUAUGGUUCCUUAUACUUCUGCUGUAGAAGAUAAACUUGAUAGUGAGUUUGCUUCUCAAUUAAAUGAAACUAUAAAAGAAGGGAAAAUUGAUUCAAAUAAAGCACAUUCAAGAGUUAUACAAACAAUUACUAGAGGGAAUUUUUUUCAAUUAGUUAAUCCAAAUGUAAAACCAAAAAUGUUUUUAGUUUGUAUGGAUUUUUCACCAGAAUCUAUAUUUGCAUUAGAAUGGUCAUUAGGUACAGUAUUAGUUGAUGGCUCAAUAUUAUUUGUUAUAUGUGUAAUUGAAGAUAAUGAUACAAAUCAUCAUUUAAAAGGAAAUACUCAAAAUGAAGGAAUAAGAGAACAACAAAGAUUAAAUAUGUUAAAUAGAGCAAAACAACAAGUAUUAAAUUUAUUAAAAUUAACAAAAUUACAAAUUCAUAUAGUUAUUGAAAUUGUACAUCAUCCAAUACCAAGACAUUUAAUAUUAGAAUUUAUAGAUAAUUUAAAACCAACUUUAGUUGUAGUUGGUUCAAAAGGUCAAAGUGCUAUAAAAGGUGUUUUAUUAGGAUCAUUAUCAAAUUAUCUUGUUACAAAAUCAACAGUACCUGUUAUGGUUGUUCGUGAAAAAUUGAAAAAAAUUAAUAGAUUUAAAUCAGGUUCUUCUGUAUUUUCAAAUAAUAUAAAACCAUUGACAUUAUCAGAAGCAAGAAUUGAUUAG